UACUUGCGGAAUCAUCAACCGUGUGCGAGUUUGCACCUGAAGUAGUGGUAAGUGCGUGCAAUAGGUUCUGAGAUGGUCUUAGAACAGUUUGUAUAGCUCAAGCCUGCAUGUUUGUCAGGUCAUAUAAUCUAAAUGGUUAGAAGACCACAAUGAGCACCACUCUGUGUGGAAGGUUUAGCUGAAAGCACCCUCGUCAGUUUGGCUCGACCAUCUUCCUCUAUCAGGUGGAGCUGUUUAAAAUAACCGUGGAGCAUUACAGUUCUGUUUUGAACCGUCGGCACUAAAUUACUAAGGUGCCUCACGUAUUUGUGCGUUGGUAAGAUCCGUAAGCAGCGGAGUUAAUGGCGAGGCUAUCCUGGUGCACUCACAGAUCACAGAUACGUGAUGUGUCCUUUGAAACCCUGUUGUUUUCUCUAGUUUUCAAGAGCUGUGUCUCUUCCUGUCUGUUCAAGUGAGCAGAGAAUAGUACAUUUUAAAUUGGUGAUUACUCCCGCCAACUGCUACAUGCCAGUUGAUCCUUUAUUACUACCAUCAUAAUACUUUCCAGAUACAUAUUUGUUGACAAAUGACGUGGAUAUCUCCCGUGCAUAUGUGACACCUUUCAUGAUACAAUCAUGGGUUAGAGAUCUGCAACUACUAGUGACCUUCGGGACUGAAAUAUUUAAUGAGAAGCUGACAAGACUCAUUUGGAAAUAUGUGCCUUAAUCACGUCUAAGUUGAGUCUGUUUGUGCAAACAGGGGUGCCACUACGAGUUCUUCGAUGCUUACGAACCAAUCUUAGGGAGAAGAGACUCUUUCAUACAAGAAUUGGCAGGAAAUGGAAAGAACGACAGUUUAUCCUUUCACUGUUUGUUACUCUUGUUACGCCACUUGGAGAAAAUAUGCCCAAGGACUUUUAGCACAACUGAGAGCCUGCCCAACUUGCAGAGGAGCAGCCGAUGGAUUUCCAAUCUCUUUUCUCCAAAAAGCUCAGAAGCUGUCAGAUGGUAAGAUGUUGAUAUCUAAAGGACUUAAUCCGACUAUCGAUCACGUUCCCUACACUAAUCACACUGUUGUGGAGAAGUAUGACAUGGCAAGCAUAGACCCCAACUGUCCGAAUCACGGGAAGUUUAGUCGAACAGCGUGGCUCCGGAAGCUGAACACGGAUACGGCAGGGUCUGUAUCACGGCCAGGAGUGAAAGUGGAAUCUAGAUUACAGAUUGCUUUAAAAGCAAGGGAAAGGCUCAAAAUCGCUGAUAAAACAGAUGGAGUCGAAAGGCCAGAUGGAGAAUCGAUGGAUACAUCUCAGCUGUUCCAGUUGGACAUCGAGAUGAUAGACAACCCACUGAGAAUGGUCUGUGUGCACAAGAAGCACAAGGGUGAGAAUUUUGAGCCUGGUAGGCAGACACAGAUUGCCAAACCUGUCGAAAAGGUGGCGACAAGUGACGUGAAGUGCAUGUCAUCAGUUUUGGCCAAAAAGCAACUUAGAAUUUCAAGGGUUUAUAAUCAAACGAUGGGUUUGCUCUCAUGCCGAACGAAGUCACCUGUGACACAGGCGUCGAACUGCAGCCAAGAAGAGAGCUAUGUUUGGGAACUUGAGUCUUGUGAAUCCAACACCGAACAGGAGAAUCUGAAUAGGAAACGGGAAGAGCUAGCUUUUACAGGUGGUCUGGAUGAUGCACAGAUAAAUGCAUCACGGAGUAUGGGUUUCGAUGAUGUUGGCUCUAGGAAUAUCAGCUUCAGCGCGGACCAUUGUACUCCCACUCAGGCUGCAACUGCAACGUCGACGAUCUCGAGGAUGGGAAAAUCCACGCCAGCCUCCAUACAGGAUGGCACAGCACUUAUGCAGGAAUUUCAGAAAGUUGGACCAAAGCAAGAGACAUCUAAAAAAAACAUACACGGAUGUCCAGAGACUUACGGCUCGCAGUUUAGGGUGACCUGUCUUCUCAAGGGGCUCAACAAAAUCUCUACCGACACUUGCAAUGAAAAUGUCAAGACCAUGGAGUAUCAAGAGAAAAAACUUAUCGAAAGAGUACUCGAGCUAGAAACCAAACUGAAAAACAAGAUUUCAUCAGGAAGUGAAUACUUUCACCAAGAGAACGUUAAUGCAAGGGAUGAAAUCACAAGGUGCGCAGCAGAUGAAUUAGGCAUUCCUCCGGCAAUCAAGUGUUCUAAAGUAGAUGAUCAACCCGCGACAUGUAAAAAGUUCUAUUUGGAGCUUGAGAAAACUGCAGAACGACUGGAAAAGUUUGCAUGUACAGCGAGGGCUCUACAAUUGGGACUGGAGGAUCAGCUUGUGUACGAGAGGCCGGCCGCAGCAAAAGUUAGGCUCAUAAAAGCCCAGGGUGUUGGCAAAAAGGAAGCACGAGAUUGGCUUUUGGAUACGGCCAUAGAAAGAGCUGUAAAUUCUAUGCCUCAGAAGACCGACGUUGGAAGAGUCCGCCACCUUGUACAGGCUUUUGAGAGUAUCAAAUAGUAAUUCCUUUCGCAAAAAAUCUGCAAAUAGAGCCGCUCAUUGUGCCCGAUGCCUUUCUCCGGAUAUUUACGUUGCUUUUUCA